AUGUUGCAUACCAAGGGUAUUUAUUCCCUCCCACUCGAGCUUCGUUCUCACAUUGUGGAAUACCUCAUCAAUGAUCACGACUCUCUCCGGGUUUUGACCUUUACUUGCCAUGCGUGGCGUGGCGUUAGCCAGGCUCACCUCUUUCGCAGGAUAUCGGUGAUUGCUAGGGCAUGGAUACAUGAGCGACGCGUCAGCACCCUGGGUGGCAAAUUGCAGAAUGAUUGGAUAUACGUAAUUCUCGUUCUUCUACCCACUCGUCUUACGGUCUUGCGUACUCUCACGCUCACGAAUGUGGAAGAUUUCGCGCAGUACGAGUGCACUCUCCCACUCGGCGCGUUCGUCGAAUACGUCUCUUUGUUCAAAAAAUUUGGACAAUCUCUUGAUUGA